GUCAACAUCUUAGCGAUUUCGAGUUGUAUAAAUUAUAAUGUUUAAUAAGGAAUAAAGGUUAGUCGUUCAUGUGAGUACAGUCUGUGUCACUGCAUUCAACACUCGUUGAGUUAUGUUCAUUCUGUAAGAAUAACGUCAAAUAUCAACCAAUGAUAUAAUCAGGGUUUAUAGUUACAUUUAACAUGAGUGCCAGUGGAAGUGCAAGUAAAUUUGAUUCCAAUGCUAAUGCCACUGUCGGUGUCGUCGUUUUCGCCGAUUCUUCCAACACGAUUAAUCCGUGCGUGGAAGGUCAUGGCUGUAGCGCGUCUUCUGUGAUACAUGAUGAUGUCAUUAGUAAUGCUAGUCAAGAGCCAAGUGAUCCUGAAUUGGCUCUACAUGGUAUUAACCUCAUGCUCAACAAUGGCUUCAAAGAGUCUGAAGAUCUCUUCAAUAAGCACAAACAAAGAAGUCCAUUGAUGAGUGUUGGAGCAAGUUUUGUCAAGUUCUUGCAUGCACUCAUGACUUUUGAGGAGGAGCAGAUGGAGCAGGCAGCGAUGUCCCUGCGACACACGGAGAGACAAUGCAUGCAGAGUCAGGACGGAUUCAUGAAGGCAUUCAAGAACAGGGUCAUGCGUCGAUCUCCGCACGAGUCAGCUUCCAGCUUGGAGGAUCGCCUACAGAAACAAGUGAUAAUCGCGGACUGCCAGCUCUACCAGGCGAUUCUCACAUUCGUUAACCAGGAGCUAUCCGGGUAUCUGCGCGGCGGAUGGAUCCUGAGACGUGCCUGGAAAAUAUACGAGAAGGCCUACAAGGAGAUUCAGGACCUGCAUGAUAGGUACUCGCGACCCAUCUCUCCCCGGCACAGUCAGGGCGGGAAUUUUGGCAGCCACGGCAGCAAGCAGGACAGUCUGACUCGUACUAUCUCCGCACCGGUGCUUCAAGACGUAGCUGAGAUUCCAUCUCAGGAUGUACUGGAUCGACUAAUGGGAUCGGUCAGCUUUGGCUUCGGAGUGUUCCAGCUCUGUGUAUCUCUCAUGCCACCCAACCUACUCAGGGUUAUACAGUUCCUUGGCUUUGAAGGAGACAGGGAUAUAGGUUUGGAUGCAUUGAUCUUAGCCAGCAAAAGCCGUGACAUGAAAGCACCACUAGCUAUGCUAGCGCUCCUGUGGUAUCACACUGUCGUGCGACCAUUCUUCUCACUAGAUGGCGUGAAUAUAGAGGCUGGGGUCUCUGAAGCUAUGGCAAUUCUGAAAAAUACGGCACACACAUAUCCUAACUCAGCCCUAUUUCUGUUCUUUCAUGGCAGGGUUUUGAGGCUAAAGUGCAAAAUAUCCGAAGCACUCGCUGCAUACCACAAGGCCCUAGCAGCUACAAAGGACCAAAGAGAAAUACAAUUGAUUUGUUUGUAUGAGAUAGGUUGGUGCAACUUACUGCAGCUGAACUGGAUAGAGGCAAAGUCAGCAUUUCUAAGGUUAAGGUUGGAGUCACGUUGGUCGCAGUGCUACUAUGCAUAUCUAGCCGCAAUAUGUCUCGGUGCUCUUGGCCACUCUGAAGAAUGCUACAAAGUCUUCUGUGAUGUUCCUCGGCUCGUCAAACGCAAGAAUUACCAGAUAGAGAUAUUUGUUGGACGCAGGGCUGAGAAGUUUGUGAGUUUGCAAGCGCCACCUACCCCAGAGCAUGCUAUUCUCCUCGGACUAGAGCUACUGUUCUUGUGGAACGCGUUGCCAACUUGUGGGAAGCCAGAGUUGCAUCGUAUUCUUGAAGAGUGCAGCAAGCAGCAUGAAGAUGCCCUGAUUCCCCUGACUCGUCUGAUAGAGGGCUCUACGCACACACAGUUGAAGAACUACAGCAAAGCAGUGGAGUGUUUUGAAGAAUGCUUACAACGAUGUCAAGGCCAGACGGAAGAUUUGCAUGUUCAAGCAUUUGCUAUGUAUGAGUUUGGAUGUUUGCUGAUUAGAAGCUCGGAGACUGCACCAAAGGGCAAAGCUUUACUGCUUCAUGCAAAGACGCAGCUAUGUGACUAUGACUUUGAGAAUCGACUUAACGUAAGAAUUCAUGCUGCUCUGAGACGCGUGCAGAAGAUGGAGCUGGGAAAUGCAGCAGUGAAGCCACCCACACAGAGUACUGGUCAACAGAGUGAUGUGCCGUGAUAGGUAAUGCACUAUACAUGCAUUGCAAUAAUACGUAAACAAGUUGAAAAUGUUGAAAGUUGAACAAGUUGGAAACAAGGUUUGUUGUGACCUUGGUGCCAGUUGUAGUGUACAAGGAUAACCUAUUACCGUUCUAUUUAUUCAGUGUAUCAAAUUGUAAUAUGAGUUUCCUAAAAAAUUUCGUAUCAUUGUCUUGAUGGGAUCAUAUAAAGCAGCAUCCUAUAAUGUUGAGUUUUGUAGUUUACAAAACAUUUUAACAUAUUAAUUCUUUAAUUAAAGGUGACCCAAUUAUUUUGUGAUAUCAAGAAAACUGCACAUCCACUCAAGUAAGAUGAUUCAAUAACCGUUACUCACUGCCGAAUCUGUCAUAACCAUCUAAAAAUGUUUUCAAGCAAGAAAAUAAUUGUGAUUAAUUGUUUGGCAUGCACUUUGGUAAAUUAUCAUAGUUGGACAUGUUGGUGUCCUGGAAUGCUAGAAUAACUAAAAAAAUAAAUAAAGAUAAAAUUUUAGAUAGUUUCAAAGAGAUAUAAACCGUUCGCAAAAACAUAUGUGAUUUUUAUGCACAAAUCACUCUUGUGAUCAUGUGAUGUCGUAAAUCUAGUGUAUCUUGCGUUAUUAUAAUAGGAUUAUUAAGGGAGAUGAUGAAUUUGGAAUGCGAUAUUUUUGGUUUUCCAAUGUGUAAUGAUCAAUUAAUUACAAAAUCUAUGUUUUUUCUUCACACAGUUUUGCUCAUGCUCGUUGAAAAAUUGACAUGGACUUAAAAUAUGAUUAUCUAAUUUGUUUUUACAAAAUUUGAGAAUAAUGUGACGAUAAAAUUUUAUUACUGUAAGAUUGUGGUAUGGCAGCCUAAAAAAAUGUACUAAUAGAUAUUAUCAGGAGUCUCAAUAUUGAUAUGUCUAUCUAUGUCUUGAGAUUGUCUAUCUAUUGAUAGACUCCUGAUAUUAUUACAUAUAAUUCAACAAUGUCUGCAUAAGUCAUCAUAUGACUAGAUAUACUAGUACAGGGUUUUUAAUUUAUGAAUUGAAUAACUUAAAUAUAAUAGUUUACUUUGAUCAAAGCGUAAUUUUACCUUUUAGUGCACUAUAUUGUACUUUGCGAUUAGACUCGUAUUCUGGGUGAUACUCCAUUAGGAGUAGGAGUAGGAUUAAUGGUUAUGUUAUAGGUUAGGUUUAUAAGGGGGUAAGUAGGUUUAUUAGGUUAAUAUAUUUUUCAGGGGCGUGUCUAAAUUUCAAGUUUCAAGAAAUGUAUCACAUGUUGAACAGAAUUAUAGGCUGUAUAGGGAUAUCGAUCGGACAUAGUAUCUUUGCUUCGUUAUUUAUUUUAGUUCUUUUAUUUUUCUCCACAAUCUAGCUGCACCAUUGACCCUACUUCUCCCGCUUGGAGGUUAUUGUCCUGAUGAUGCUUUUCUAUGAUUGCUUUAUUCUUGGUGUUAUCUCUGCUCAAAUUUUAUUAUUUAAUUCAGAAAAACCAUGAAAAAGAUUCAGUAGUAUAAUUCGCACAGGGUUGUUCUUAUAAAAAAAAACGAUUCAGGAGAGUACUAUAUAUGCUUUAUAUAACCUAUUGUUGUAUCAAGACCUGAUCAACAUAUUCCAGUUAUUAUAUUCAGCUAUUUCUGUGUGAUAUAUAUGUAUAUGAAUAUAGAUAGAUAGACAGUACAAAUCUCUGCUAUAUGUUAUUGAGAUGCACUAAGAAGGGACUUUAUGCAGGGUCAGAAAUGUUGUACGGCAGGACAUGGUGUAAAGCUUUUUCACUAUUUAGGGGAAACUAGAAUUUAGGAAAUUUAAUGCAAUUUAAUGCAAAGAUCUAAAUAAUAAUCCCCUUACUUAAUUUUUUUUCAUUAAACUUCUGCAUAUAUAAAGCUGUAAGCAUAUUUAUUAAAAUUAAUUAAAUCCCCCACAUAUAAUCAUUAGGAUUUUACUUUACAUACUGGAACUUGCUGUUUACUAUUUCUGUUCACGUAAAUGGUUGUUAACUACAUGCAGUACCUUCCUAGCUAAAUAUACGCUAGAUUAACUAUGUAGUAUAUUCUAUAUGUCCAAUUAGUUUCUGUCUAAUGUAACACAUAGGCAGGGAGCACAUUUUAGUUAAAAUGCUGAUUCUGUCGACUGCUACUAGCAAUACUGCUUCUGUCUAUUUUUCACUUUCUUGACCUUGCUCAGUUUUCUUGGAACCAAUUAAGGUGGGUUAUUUCAUACCCUUAUUGCCCAUUGCUCCACAUAUCAUAGCAUACUACAUUUCUAUUGUUAUAAUGAUAUCUAAAGUAUCCAAGUCAUAUCAGUCAGUGCUAGUUGGUUAAUCUUACUAAUAUACUGUAUUCGUAAUUUAUUUCUCCGCCCAGUGAAUGUAUAAUCCCUCCAAGAUUAGUUCUAUGAAGUAUCACUUGUCUAAUAUUUACUCUAUAUGAACAUGAUAUAAUACAUCCACAACUCAUCCAUAUAGAUAAGUCUUGUGAAAGAAGGUGGUGAGCUAUGCCUUCAAGAGAAACAGGUUGGUUAUAAACGUACGUGUGAUUGUUUCAAUUAUUGAUGAUUUCAAUCCCUCCAUUGCAUGUCUUGUGCAUGUACUGCUGUAACAAUUUAUAUUUAAACCGGUGUUGUUAAAGAAAUAUGUAGAUAAACUAUCUGUAUAUUAUUUCUAUUGGUGAUGCAAUCUAAAUGAUUUUAUUUCUAUUUUUUUGGUCCUGGCAUGAUAUGGGUUUGCCAGCCCGUGUACUGUUACUCGUUACUAGUAGUAGUUGCUUUGCUUAGACAAGUCAAUGUAUAUAGGUAGAAUUUACUGUUUAAAAAAUAAAAUGAUAGCUGCAACGAC